AACAAUCAAUAAAGUACCAGCUUGUACAUGGUGAUUAUAUAACUUUAAAGAUGUAUUCUUCUCUCAUAAAUUCAGACUUAUAUGAAAAGAUUUUACUUCAGGAUCUCCUUGAGAGUAAUGCAAAACCAGAGCAUUGUCACUGAGUUCAUACUCCUUGGACUUUCACUGAAUGCAGAAGUUGAGAAAAUACUGUUUAUUGUAUUUUUGUUGAUCUAUCUUGCAACUCUUUGGGGCAAUAUGAUAAUUGUGGUGACCAUCAUCUACAGCUCUGCACUGCUUGCCUCCCCCAUGUACUUCUUCCUGAUAUUCCUGUCCUUAUUGGAUGCAUGCACUUCUUCUACUGUCACACCCAAGAUGAUAGUGGACUUCUUCUAUGAGAGGAAGACCAUAUCUUUUGAAUGUUGCAUGACACAACUGUUUGCUAUACAUUUUUUCACUGGGAUAGAGGUGAUUGUCCUGUCAGCCAUGGCCUUUGACCGCUAUGUGGCCAUUUGCAAGCCCUUACACUAUUCUUCCAUUAUGACCCGGAGGCUCUGUGGCAUUUUGGUGGCAAUAUCCUGGGCUGGAGGCUUCUUGCAUUCUGUCAUACAAAUUACUUUCACUUUGCAACUGCCAUUCUGUGGACCUAAUGUCAUUGAUCACUACAUGUGUGACUUGUUCCCGUUACUGAAGCUUGCCUGUACUGACACACACAUAUUUGUCAUUUUGGUGUUUGCCAACAGUGGAUCUAUCUGCAUCAUAAUCUUCUCUAUUUUGCUUGUCUCCUAUGGUGUCAUAUUGUACUCUCUGAGAGCCCACAGCUCUGAAGGGAGACUGAAAGCUCUCUCUACCUGUGGAUCCCACAUUACUGUUGUGCUUUUGUUCUUUGUGUCAUGCAUAUUAAUAUAUGCACGACCUGCAUCAGCCUUCUCUUCUGAAAAAAGUGUAUUUUUAUUUGCCACCAUCUUGACACCACUUCUGAAUCCUACAGUUUACACUUUCAGGAAUAAGGAAAUGAAGAAUGCUAUCUGGAAAAUGUGUAAGAGAUUGAUAGCAGUUUCUCAUGACUAUUAAAUUAUUAUACUUC